GCGUAGUCUGCGCAGUUGGAUAUGGUUGGAUACUGGAUUGCACCGUCCGUGCGAUGCGGAGCAAGUAAAAGUUAAAGUUGAAUUGAAUUCGUGAUUAAAGUUUGGUGGUCGUCGCAGUUUCUUCGCCCCAAAUGAACUUUGUCUAAUUAGCGUUGCGAAUUUUCAACCGGCAUCAUGUCAUCCUCAGUUGUUGAGUGAAGGUGAGAGGUGUGGCAGGUGACAGUCCGUGGAUUUCAUCCAUCGCGGGUGCGGGCAGGCUACCUUGGUCACCGGAUCGUGUUGUGUUUUGUUCCUUUUGGUGCUUAAAAAUAUGUUUUCAUUGAAUCAUGAUCUCAUCAGCUCAAACUUUAAAGAGUAAAGCAUGGCUUCUUUGUGGCCGUGUCAUAGAGUCUAAUUAUACUCCGAAGUUCUUUUAUCAAGAUGGCACCAUGGCCUGAGCAGUCUAAUGAACCAAAAGCCCCAGAUAAACCAAGUGAAAGUGAAAAGUGCAGAGAAGUUGGAAGCAACCCCAGCAAACUAAAUCACUCUGAUUCCAAUGAUGGGGAUACAUGUGGUGUUACACUCAAAAGUUCUGAUGCUCUGGCGGAUGAGAAAAAUCCAUGUGUUCUCUCUUUGGAUGAAUGUCAGUUGAAAGCUUUACUAGAUGAAGCUAUUGCCUACAAGAAUCCCAUCGACCGAGAAGGGAAGAGUGAUCUUUUCAAGGAGUUGCUAGAAGAAGCCGAAGCUGACGACAAGGAAGAGGCGCGGAGUGGUGGCGGUGCAGGAGGUGGAACUGGGAUCGGAACGCCUUCUGUUCAGACUAAUCAUUACCACAACAACUAUCGCCGAAGCAACAGGGCGCAUAGACGUGAUGGUGUCACAGUGGGUGAACGUCAAUUGCGUGGUGGCUCCCUCCAAAAUAUCCAUGCCUUCAGCUACGAACUAGAAGGUGGAAGAAAGCGCGGGAAAAACAGACGAAAUGAUGGUGCUGGCGUGAAUGUGAGCGCGCGUCAACGAGAAGGGGGGUCACUUCCAAACAAUGUGGAUCAUGUCCCCCAGCCGGAUCAUCUAGCAACGGCUGCUGCUCUCAUGCUUGAAGAUCUUCAUCCUCUCCUUCCAAUUUCACUCUCGCGAAGAAAAGAAAUGCCAAUUGCAUCUGAAACACUUUCAUCUGCAACAAACUAUGUCGUUCUUGAUGUCAAUUCUUCCAUGAAUGAGGAGGUGUCGUCAGCUAAACAAAAGAACUCCAACGAAGAUUCUGCUGGUGGCAUUGAGUUACAGGAGCUAAACUCAGAUCGAAACGACACUGUCUCUUACACCUCUCGAGCAACUUUAGAAAUUAGCGAACACUCAGCUAAUAAUACCAACUUUGACCAGAAAAAAUCAAAUUCUCUACUGGUUAAGGACUCUGAUGAAGUUGAUUUACCCGUUGUUUUCUCCCUUAACAAGAAUUAUGGACUAGUCAAUGGAAGAGACAAGGCUCCAAUCCAGCUUCUCUCUGCAAGCAAUCCUCUAAAAUCUAUCGUUGCUAAUGACAAAGGCUCAACCAAAGAGUCUAAGUCUGCAAAGUCUAAUUCUGAGACUGGUGCCUAUUCAUUCUCCAUGCAGCACGUGAGCUUUAUAGCCAUUCCGCCUCAUGAGUCAACCCUAGGCUCUGACAAGGCCUCAUCGAUGAAGGAACCCGAUUCUGGAAUGCAAACCAAAAAUGGUGGGAUAGUUUCUGAUAAGUUUGUACAGCAGAAAUCAAAUCUUUCGAGCUUUUUCGAACAUCCGAGCUUUCUUAGCAUCCACCAUGACGCUUUUAGCAACGGUGUCACUGUGUUUGAGUUUCAUGAUGUCAAUCGUUUGGUCCAAAGCAAAGACUCAAGCUAUAAGUCAAAACCAUUCGAUGAAAAUGGAAACUCUCUUGGAUCAACCUCAGUGUACCGUGACGCAUCAUCUAUGUCUGAGAGGAAAAAAUCUCGUCGUGCUAAGAUAAAGAAUGAUCAUGAUGACACAAUUCUGGCUGAAAAUAUUGAGGGCCAUCGAGGUGACCGAGACAUCAACAGUCUGCUAAAAUAUAUUGAAGCAGGAGGAGAUGGGAAACACAUCAAAAGCUCUAAGCUCACAAACGGGCCUUUGGUGAAGCAAGCAAAGAGUAAAGUAAAGGUCAGCCGAGAAAAGAGCACGGAUGGAGAUACACUUAACAGAGUAACAAAAAACAAACGAAAAGAGAAAUUAAAGAAAAGCAACAGCUUAGAAGAAAUCUCAAAAACUAAACUUGAAGAUCUAACGAAUGAUUCCGACUCGAGCUCGAAAACUAUGCCGAAAAAGCAAACAACGCUGGAUGAUGAUGAUUUGGGAGAGAGGCAGGAACGCAUGGGUGCAGAGGAGGACUCAGUCUAUGCCACCUCCGCAGAUGAGUGCCUUCUGUCGCAGGUCAAGCGGCGUGAUUUGAAAAUGGAUAGAUCAAUGGAAAAUCUAGCCGCUGACUCGGAGUUCCAUGUUGUUACCAAAAAGCAGCGCAGGAAAAAGCGCCGUAGUGUAUCCAAUGACAGGAAUACACGUGGUAAAACUGAGCAGCCAAGACGGAAUGUUGGCAGUUUCCCGCCUCAUGAUGGAACAAAUCACUUUCCCGGCCGAUCACGAGGAUUGUCGCCGGAUAAGCGACGAAAAUCCACCUCAUCUAUGCCACCGUCAGACAAGUCAGAUUGUUCAGACUUGGAUUCGGUACAUUCUCUACCUGUUUCCUCAACAACUCCUAAAUGUCAGGUGCAAAAAACUAGCACAUCAAAUGGCUCAACACCUCAAGCAUCGUAUGCGGACAUAGCAAAAUCUACUGUUUCGCCACCUCAAGGUUCUACGAACAACAUGAACGGAAGUGGGAAGUGGCCGCCGGUCGGGAAGAGCACCUCAGCUCCUUUGAACAUCUCCAUGAGCACGUCAUCGGUAUCGCCAAAUGAAAGUGUUAGUGGGAAACGGAAACCGAACACGGCUCCUUCGUCCGUGAGCUCAAGCACCUACGAAGAUAGUUUAACACAAAGUCCUGACCUAGUCCCAAGUGUCACGCUAUCUUUAAAGCAUAAAAAAGAUGCAAUGACUAGUACAAGCUGUGAUUUACCUAAAUUAGACUGUAAGGGUGUAAAUGUUAAUUUAAAUGGCAUCUUCUCGGACGAUGAUGCUAAUGUAAAUUGUGUAAAUAAGUCUAUUAGUGCUGUGAGUCAAAGAAAUUCUAGUUGUACAAACGUAAAUGAGCUGUAUGUAGAGUUUACACUAAAGCAGUCAGAAUCGAACGAAAACCAGUUCGAGGAAGUAACUGAAGUUAGUUGUGAAGAAACAGUUUUUUUAAAAUCAUCCCCCAAGUGCAAUUCAGAAACCGUCUCUGGUAGUUUAACCAUUUUAAUACCCAAUAAAAACCAAAAAGAGACCAAAACCCCAGUCUCCACAAACGCAUCAUUACCACCUGUCAUUCUUCUUGAUGAAGAGCUUAAUCAUAACCAAAGUCUCGUAGAUAGUGAAUUAACCUUCGGAUUUGAGGUCAAUGAACAGUUGCUUAAAGAUUCCUCAUCAACAGCCACACCAUCGCUUCAGUCUAACCAUCUGCAAACGUUUGACGUUUCACUUAGAUAUCAGCAACCAGUCAUGACAAACGUCUCGUUCAACUAUGAUGACAUCAUCAUUUUCAUUGAAAAAGCUUGGGUUGAUAUUCAAAAAGACCUAAUAUCUUCUAAAACUAGUGAUGGAAAUCGCAUAAUCGAGUAUUUCUCUGCAAAUCAGUGAUGCUUUUAACUACCGUACAUUUAGGAAGUGAAAUACAGAUUGAAGGAGCUCUGACUGAAAUGUGAUGGUGUUUUCUCUCUCCGCAUCUUUUGAUGAGUUAAUUCCUUUACCAAUGUCUCCGUUUGUAAUUAGAAUACCUACGUCGAGAAGAAUUUCUAAGUAAGGAUCUAAUUCUUGCUUUUUUUCUCCAAUUUUUCAUCGUUUUCCAAAACCUGUUGGGGUGCCACGACCAUACCUGCCAUCUAAUGCUCUCCCAUACAAGGACUCCGUCUGUUUUACGUUAUGUAUGUAGGUCUCUAUUUUUUUACUAAAACACCCAUUUAAUUCUGAAUUUUGUAUAUAUCACAUUGCAAAUGUUUUCAGAGCUCAUUCCCCCCCCUUCCCCGCCCCUCUUCUUUGAAUAUUGAGUAAUUUUCUUUGUUUGUAUUGACUAUAUUUUUUGUUGUGUCUACUUGAUUCAUUUUUUUAAUGAUUUCUUUAUUUUAUUUUUUUUAGCAUUUUUCUGUUAAAAUCACUUGAGAUCCGCUUCAUUCCACAGUCAAAUUGUGAAUUAUGACUAAAAUUGUACAAUAUGUAUGUACGUAUGUAUGUAUGUCACGUAUGUAAGUUCGUUUAAGUGUACCUAGUUAUAUGUUAGUAAGUCUUGAUACAAGGAUGUUUUAGUCCUAAAAUGUGUCAGUCAGGGACUAUAAUUUAUUCAUAAAAGUCUGCAAAAGACCUUUUUCCAAUCAAGAUUUUACUGUAUCCGCUCAAAAUGCUAAGCAAAGUGGGACUUAUCUCUCGAGAAAAGUGCAAAAAAAUUCUUAGGUUUUUUUUAUUUUUCUUUAUUUUUUAUUGGGGGCUGUUCUUUUUUUUAAAAAAAAUAUCUAUUUAUAAAGAGUAAGUUUAAAAAAAAAAAAAUAUGUGGGGAACAACUGAAAACUUUGUAGUGAGGUUACCACCAGAAUUAUGGAUUUGAAACCAAAUCCUAGACUGUCAUCCAUUUUGGGGAAAGGCAAAUCUAUUUCUUUAAUUUACAAGUAUUGUCAGAACUGAUUGAAACUCUCAAAUUUUAGCUUCGUUUGCCUUUGAAAAUCGAUCAACGCUUUUUUUAUUUUUCUCUUUUUUUUCUAUGCCCUGCAUUUUGUUAUUGGGGAGUCAUUAAGCGUCAUGUAGAGUCGCAAUAUUCAUUAGGUUUCUUAGUUUAGAACUUACACUGAUAUCAUGUUAUAAAAGAGGCCAAGGACUUAGAAACAUAAUUAUUAUUUAAUUUUUUCAGCAUUUUCUUUUCCUAAUCAAAUUGUUGUUUUCUAAUCGCUACCCCCUGAAGCGGAAACAGAAUAUCUUUUGUAAAACCGUCAAGAAAUUUUGUUCCAGGGGUUUCAUCUUCACCUCAAAACUGUGAAUGUUAGUUGCAAGUGGAACCGUUGUUAAUUUAUAUCUAACCCUCGUUUAUUUAUUGAUUAAUUUUUUUUUAUUUUUUGUUAUAAAAUUAAGUCUAAUUUAAAGCUCUGUCAUUGUUACCAAUACUUACCGUGAUUUGUCUUCUUGAAUUGGGAAUUUUGAAUUAUUUUGGAAAUUUUUUUUACAUGUGGUUGAAAAACAGAGGAUGUUGCCGGACUGCACCUGAGCCUGCCAAAUUCGUUUUCCAUAAUAUGAGAAAAUAUAUUUCUGUAACAAUCAUAACCAUACUCUAACCAUCUAUGUUGCUCUCACCGAACAUGCCGUACUUAAGCCCCAACUGUAGCUAAUUAUCAUCUUUCUUUAUCCCUCUGUAUUUUUUUCCCCCCAGGAGGAAAAAUUCUUAAAAGUAUUGUUGUGCUGGUCAAGUUAUUACUCAUUUGUUGCUUUAGUGAUAGAGAGUAAGGAAAUUACCGUAGCCUAAUGUGUAGGAAUGUCUCUUUUCAUUUUAUUGGGUUUUAAUCAGUAAGAAUUGUCUCAAAAUCCAUUCACUUGAGAUCAAAGACCAAUAACUCUGAUGACGUGAAUGCGAAAAAAGGAAAUGAUGUAAGAAUUAGUCUACUUAGAAGUCAUCCUGCUUACUGAAUUUCCCAUGGAAAUUUCCAUGAAGUUUCAGCCAGCCAUCUCGUUCCAGUCUUAAGCAGUUCUGUAUCUGAAAGAUUUUUCUCUCAUAAAAACGUGGUAAUGUAGGCGCACAAUCCAGCAAAUGGUUACUUUUGAGCAGAACUAUAAGUUGGUAGAUGGAUCCCUCUACUUUUUUUUCAUAAUUAUCAAUAGCUUUCUGGUGUAUCCAUGCUAAUCGAAUGAAGUUUUAUUAUGUUGCCAGGAGGUGAAUGUUCCUGUUUUAUUUCUUGAAAACUUGCUCUCUUCCUAACCAGCAAUUAAAUGUAUUCCUGUUGCGUUUUCGGUGUUCUAUCUUAGGACUGCUCUUAUUUUAAAUUUCUUUUGCUGUCUCUAUGAGGGCUGAUUAUUCUGAAGGUUUUUUUUUUCUUUGAAUUGAAUUUAGUACUGAAGUGAAUCCGCUAACAAAAUGAAGGAAGUUUGACAUUUUUGUAGUUAUGCUGUAUUUCUUACAUCCAGUGUACAGUCCAUGUUGAAGAAGAUAAUAUCAGUGAAAUUUUGUGUGAAGGGUUUGCCUAAAAAUCGAAUGAAAAGAAUCCCAAAACUAUGUCAGUUUGCAAAAACCAUUUUAAGAUCAAAUAUUUCAUUGUGUAGGCUAGCAUUGCUUGCUAGUUUUCCUUGCAGUUUACCUCAGCUUGCCAAUGCAGCUUGAAAUGGAUAAUUUUGGCUUGUAUUUAGGUGUCAGAAAUCGAAAUGUAAGAGACAGAUGUAUUGCAGCAAAAAAUGCUAUACCUUUAUCUUAUAAAACAGCCUUCAAAGAAUGGUGGUCUAAGCCUAUGAUCCUGUUGCAUUGAAGUAACUUAAUUCUCAGUGCGUCCUGUGAACAAAUAGGAUUCUAAUGAGUUUAUCUUAUUAUGAUUGUCAUUGCCAUCAUGCGCUGGGUAGACAGUAUUUUAAAUAGGUUUUUCCUUUUAUUAAAGAACUCAUAACAGCAGUAAUGAUAAGUGCGCAGGUACGUGACAAAGGUAAACAUGUCUGGAAAGAGUGUUAAUAUUUCAGAUGAGUCUGUAAUUUGAACAGGAUUUUUCUUCUUUCUUCUCAUUCUUCUUCUUUUUUCCUGUAUCUUGGAAAGUAGUACUUUGUUUUCUUUAAGGCAGGUCCGAUCAGCCAUUUUAAACUAACAUAAACAUACUGACGUUUGAGCUUGGUUGAGCAACAUUUUUUUCUGCCUGCUCUGUAAAACAGUAUGCAUCAACUUUUGAAGAUAACACAGAAUAUCAACCAUCAACCUUUUUUAAUUUGGAAGCAUACUGAAAUCAGGUUAGCUCUGGUGUGAUUCAAGUCGACUUGGAAUUCAAAGACAAGUUAGCUGUUUGAAUUGACAAACUUGGGGGAUGCAUUCGUGUAAUUUUUGCAUGAAUUAGAGAGUUUUUGAAACACCUCCUGUGUUUUAUGUGCAAGUUGGAUGAGAAUAUAUUCAUUGAGGUGCCUAAAUUUUGAAGUUGCUUUGUAUUCCUCCGUAUGCUAUCCCGCAUUAAAAUGGGAUCCAAAACACUCGGUUAGCUUGGUUUUUCCUGGUCAAGUACUAACCUGCCAUUUUGUUCUAUUAUUUUGGAAUGGACCCUUUGGUCGCUUGAGCUAUCAUCAAAAUUAUCGAAAUGCAAGGCUUUUGCAUCAUGAACACUGUAAAGCAAUCUUCGAGGAAAUUACAAAGGAUUAUUACCAGAAGUUUCUCUAAAUCUGCCCAGGACUCCUUUCACUGUGAGGCCUCAUAUUUAAGUUCUGACUGAAGAAGUACAAUAAAUUAGUCAUAUAUGAGGAGAGGAAAACUGGUAGUUCUUUCUAAACGGAAAACUUGUCAAUAUUUCACUAGCUACAUCCGCUUUCAAGACACUUUCAACAUUGAUGCAUUAGUUCAAAGUUCAAUAGAAGUAACAUGUAAGGUCAAGAAAAGGAAGUCGCAAUUAUAGCAAAAUUACAGACGCAAAGUAUCUUUCUCCAGAGGAAUCUGCAUAAAUUUUGCUUUUUCCUGAUAAAACUUACCUUGAUCUUUCCCUAUUUAUGGCAUUUGCACAUCAACCAUGUUAUAUAUACCCAUUACAAGAGAGCCAUUUUAAUGUAGAUGAGGCCUUUGCAGAAAAAACAUUUUGCUUUCAAGUUGAGAAUUUAUUCUCAAUACUCCUGAUUUAAUUUCAAAAAUAUCAGAUUUUUCCAUCCUAACUCAUUGAAGAGAACAUUGUUUCCGUAGGCCAGCUUCACGAGAUUUUCAGUUGUCAUACUUAAGUGAUCAUAAAGUUCCAACAAAAUAGCUGCAACUCUCUUCACUCAAAGGAUCGUUCUGAAAUCGGAACUUAAUCCUCUUUCAUUAUACAGCUGUAGACUCCCCUUAGAAACUUAUGCAAUGCUUUGCGUGAUACCCUACUCUCCCCGACGCAAAAAAAAAACCAGCAUCUUUUUUCUUAACUUGUACCAGAAAUUUCCCUACAACUGGCGUCUACUAACAGGCACUUUUAUGUCAUGUCAUGCAAGAACCUAUCCUGUCACUCUUUACAGUGCAAGAUGCAAUUUAUGAACGGCCCCUUGUGUGGGGAAUUUCAUGACUCGAUUUUUGACAAUUCUGUUUGAGCCUUCAAAGGUCCUCAGCAAGAGGUAAUAUGUGUCAACUCUUCGAUUCACUCUGAACUCUCGUAUAUUUUUUUAGUAAUAUCUAUUUACCAUUGAUUACAAUUUAAAGUGUCUCCUCUUUAAUCCCUUAUACAACCCAAGUGUCUAAAACAAGGGUACCCAGAAGGAGAGUAUACUGCCUUAUUACUUCCUUUCCUUGUACAAAAUAAGGAAAUCUGAAUAACACGGAAAUCUGGUGAAACUUUCGAAAAUUCUGGAGUCAGAAGACAGCCAGAUAAAGCUGGGAAAUGAGCUCCAUAUGACCUUGAGUAUGAUGCAUUCUGUGAUAAAGUAGGUGUGUAAGUCAUUUCGGAACACAUCUUUGAACUAAACUGUUUGUUCUUAGAGUAAUUUUUGAUGUCGGAAAUGUUUUCCUUAGUUCUCUAUUCUCUAACUUUUGAAAGUAGCUUUGAAAGCCCUUAGUAAUCCUCUAAAAUUACAAACCUUGGAGAAAGAUGUAAUGUAUCUUUCAGAGUUGAAAUGAGCUUUAAGUCAGUUUUGACGUUACAGGAGUACAGGGAAGAAAGUGGAUAUCACUCGAAGAAUUAUUAGAAUAUACUGCAGGCUCUAAAUUUUUGACCGCAUUAUUUUUGUCCACCUCUAUUUCUUGAAAUAAUCAGUAAUAACUAAGACCCCAGUUCUUAGAGCAAGCAAAAUCUAAAACUUACCCAACUUUUGAAUAGGAUUAAUGUGAUUUUCAGCCUCCUUUCCCUGUACUUCUCCAUAAUUUUUUUUCAGUUAUUAACUAGAUCAAUCAACACAGGUCAGGUCAGUCAUUCCUGUGGAAAAAUCCUGAGACCCCACUACGCAUUGAUUAUGAAAAGUUAAAAUGAAAUGAGAUCAUCCGGAAAUAAGCUACAUCUUCGUCAUGCAAUGAGGGGGGUAGUUGAUCUCAAAAAAGAUGCGCAGCGUCUGACCUAUGUGAAUUGAUCUUUGUUAUUACUAAUCUGGUAUGUUGAUAAAGCGAGAGGUAGAAAAUAUUUUUUCUCCUCUACUAGACUAUAGAUUUCUUUUGAACAUUUUUCAAAAGUUCAAUAAUAAUCCUUGUUCUACCAGCGAGUGGAAAUUACUUGCUCCAUCUGCAAACCCUUGAAACUCUCGAUUAAAACCAAAUUUAAUUCCAUAUUUAGCCUUGGAUAUUACUUCUCAUGCAACAAUCUUGAUUGUCUACUUAAUCUCUAAAAUAAGAUUUGAACUGAUGUUAAAAGUUGUUAUUUAAUUAAUGUAUUUAUAAUUUUGUGAAUAUUUUUAUGAAAAUUAUCGUAAAUUGUUUAGAAUUUGCAUAUCAGAUUCAGGUCAGCUUCGUGGAGCAUUGUGAAUGUGAUAUUGAAUCACGUAAUGAUCGCAAGUUAUGUGAUCAUAACUUGUGAUAAAAUGAGUUGAAUGUACUGUUUCAUUAAAUAAAGCAAACAAAAUUCAA